AGACCGCCUCUUUCUUUUUUUCUCUCUCUAGAAAUUUCGUCAAACACCUUCAAAGUCUGCAAAUAUCACCGGAAAACCCAAUUCGCCGGCCACCAAUCACCGUCGUCACUUUCCGUCCACACACAAAUCACUUAAUCAACACUCAACUCAAACAAACAACAAACCCAUGGCAGCAGAAACAGAGAUUAAGUUUAAUUAAAACAAAACAUAAAUGGGGAAGUUAGGGUUAGGGAUAGCGGUGGGAUGUGCGGUGGCGAGUUGCGCGAUCGCGGCGGUGAUGGUCGGAAAAAGAGUGAAGAAUAGAAGACGGUGGUGGAAAGUAAUAAAGGUAUUGGAAGAAUUUGAUGACGUGGCGGGGACACCAGUAAGUAGAUUGAAACAAGUGGUGGAUGCCAUGGCGGUUGAGAUGCAUGCUGGUUUAGCUUCUGAAGGUGGUAGCAAGCUUAAGAUGUUGCUCACUUUUGUUGAUAAUCUUCCCAAUGGGAAUGAAAACGGAGUAUAUUACGCUUUACAUGUUGGAGGAACCAAUUUUAGGAUUUUAAGAAUCCAGCUUGGUGGCCAGAGAUCUAUCCUCGAUCAUGAUGUUGAGCGGAAACCAAUCCCCCAGCAUUUAAUGACCAGCACCAGCGAGGAACUCUUUGAUUUUAUUGCCUUGUCUCUUAAAGAAUUUGUGGAAAGGAAGGGAAUCAAUUUGCAGACGUCACAAGUUAGGGGAAAGGAUAUUGGCUUCACAUUCUCGUUUCCUGUGAAGCAGACAUCUGUCUCAUCAGGCACUUUGAUCAAGUGGACGAAAGGUUUUGCCAUUGAAGACAUGGUUGAAAAAGAUGUCGUUGAAUGUCUGCAAAAAGCAUUGUCUAGAAGAGGUCUAGAUAUGAACGUUACUGCACUUGUAAAUGAUAGUGUUGGAACAUUGGCUCUUGGGCAUUUUUAUGAUAAAGAUACAGUUGCUGCAGUGGUAAUCGGGACAGGUACCAAUGCAUGCUAUUUUGAGCGGGCUGAUGCGGUUAUCAAAUGCCAAGGUCUUCUCACAACUUCAGGAGGCAUGGUUAUUAACAUGGAAUGGGGUAAUUUUUGGUCCUCACACUUGCCGAGAACUUCAUAUGACAUUGAUCUGGAUGCUGACAGCCAAAACCCGAAUGAUCAGGGUUUUGAGAAGAUGAUAUCGGGAAUGUAUCUAGGUGACAUAGUAAGAAGAGUAAUUCACAGAAUAUCAUUAGAAUCUGAUAUCUUUGGACCUAUUUCUUCUAAGUUGUCAGCACGGUUUGCGUUGAGUACACCAUUAAUGGCGGCCAUGCAUGAAGAUGUUUCUCCCGACUUGAGUGAAGUUGGCAAGAUUUUAGAAGAGACAUUGGGUAUAUAUGACAUCCCGUUAAAAGUUAGAAAGCUUGUUGUCAAAGUAUGUGAUGUUGUGACACGUCGGGCAGCCAGGUUGGCUGCUGCAGGCAUCGUCGGGAUCUUGAAAAAGAUUGGUCGAGAUGGGACUGGGGGCAUAUCAAGUGGAAGAAUCAAAGGCGGAAAAAGUGGUAAAAUGAGAAGAACGGUUGUAGCAAUUGAGGGUGGAUUAUACACGAGCUACACCAUGUUUAGAGAAUAUCUAAAUGAAGCUGUGGCAGAGAUAUUAGGGGAAGAAAUAUCCCCAUAUGUGACCCUUAAAGUGAUGGAAGAUGGAUCAGGCAUUGGAGCAGCUAUGUUGGCUGCAUCAAAUUCAACCCGAAGUGUGGAUACAGUACAGGUCCUAUGAACAUAUAUAUUUAUAUAUAAUUAUAAUUAUAAUAUAUAUAAAUAUACAUAUAUAGAUCUGUAAAUUCCAUUUUUCGUUGUUUUUAUUCAACAUAUGUAUAGAAGGAAAGGUUGUAAAUAUGUCAUAUAGGAGUAGAAGGUUGUGGCGGUUCUUUGUAGUUUCAGAAUGUGUUCAUUCAUUUAUCAGGGUAAAAAGUAGCUAUUUGUUUAUAGAGUUUGUCUUUGUGGUUUAUUGAAAUAUAUAUUGUUAAUAGAUUAUUUUGUGUCA